AAGUCACCCUAAAGCCACUUUGAAUUCAAACUCUGAACUCCCGAACGUCAGCUCACCUCACUGCGGUUUCGAACUAGCCCUAGAAUCAUAGGAGCAGCAUUACAACUGGAACCACAAUGUUGUCUUGGUCAACCUUCCUCGCCACCGGGCUUGCCGCCUCGGGAGCUCAGGCGACGGUCUACCUCGCCGGAGACAGCACCAUGGCCAAGACUGGCGGUGCUCUUAUGGGCUGGGGCGAGUACCUCUCCAAGUACAUCACGGCACCCGUGGUAAACAAGGCCAUGUCGGGGCGGUCGGCGCGCAGCUACACCAACGAGGGGCGGUUCACGGAGAUCGAGGGGCUAGUGCAGCGCGACGACAUCGUGGUGAUCGAGUUCGGGCACAACGACGGCGGGUCGCCCAACUCGGCCAACGACAACGGGCGCAGCGACUGCCCCGGCACGGGCGACGAGGUGUGCCGGUCCGGCAAGACGGGCGAGCUGGUCUACACCUUCAACCACUACGUCGAGGCGGCGGCGCGCAGCUACAUCGCCAAGGGCGCCAAGGUCAUCGUCAGCAGCCAGACGCCCAACAACCUGUUCGAGGGCGGCUCCUUCAUCCCCGGCGCGCCGCGCUUUGUCGGGUAUGCGGCGCUCGCGGCCAAGAACGUCGGCAGCGGGGCGAGCUUCUCGGACCACUUCCAGGCCGUGGCCAACAUGUUUCUGAAGCUGGGCAGCGACAAGACCAACGCGCUGUUCCCCCAGGACCACACGCACACCAGCCCUGCCGGUGCCGACCUCGUGGCCCAGGCGUUUGUGCAGGCGAUCGGGCUGGACUACAACGGGACGACGCCGCUGAAGGGGUUCUUGAAGAGCCCGGUGCCGGAAGUGUGGUGAUUCUGGAAACUAGAUUCAAGCGGAGGUUAAGUAAGAGGGUGAAUAUUCCUCGAGCUGGUUGAUGAAAAGAAAGGAACGAUUGGGAGAUCAAGAAGCGAGAACUUCCUGCGUAUGGAUUUC